AAAAAAAAAACAACCAACUGGGACGGGCCAGUUUGUCCGUCGACAAGCCACAUAAAUUCACGCUAAAUUUGUUUUAUUUAACGCAAUAAUUGGAAUUGAUUCUUUGUGUCAAAGGGUGUAAGAAAAGAAGAUGAAUCAGGAAGAGCAGGUGCUUGAGGGCACACCUGCUAACCUUAGUGAUGAACCAGUAGAUUCAGACACCCUCAAAGAGCACCCACCAACUCAGACAGGCAUGUUGGGCAGGUUGGCGGGGGGCUUGUACGGCGCCACCAAGGGGGCAUUAGGAGCUACCGUGGACGGCGUGACUUGGAUUGGAGGAAAGAGUCUGGAUCUCACCAAGACCGCCGUCUCCUCUGUGGCCGCCGUGCCCGCAGCUGGAGUGGGCCUAGUCAAGGGUGGGGUGUGCGCUGUGGCCGGCGGCGUGACAGCUGUCGGUUCCGCUGUGGUCAGCAAAGUUCCAAUCGGAGUGGGCAAAAAGAAGGACAAGUCCGACUGAUGGCAAGAGGAGAGCGAAUGCACACCUUGGGAGCGUUGUUCACACUAGGUUUUUGCUUGUCGUAGCAUCAGAUCAAACCGGGUCGCAGCAGGUGGUGACGAGCAACACUGGACUCAAUCAUUGUGAAUGUGUUGUUCUUUGCUUUUUGUAUACACUCUCUGUGUAGUUUAAUGGUGUUUUGUAAACUCCAAGUAAGAGACUACUUAUCUGAUAUGUGAGGAACACACUGUCCUCUCCCCAUUGCGUCAAGUGGUCCAAAUAAAACGUCCAUGUCUCAUUUUGAACACAAGCCUCAGGAAUGUUUUCACUGCGGACUGCUCAAAGCAAACCUUUAAUGCACUUGAAUAUUACCAGCAAGACAAUCUGCCAUGAAUGAUCUUCAAUAAUUUAAUUUUUGCCUCAUUGUUUUUACUUACAUUACAUUAGUCACUAUAUGUUCAUGCCCUCGCCACCAAUUUGUACAAGUGUAUACUAGUAAAGAAAAGUCAGGAAUAUUCAGGUAAAAUUGACAUUAAAAAAAACACUAUUCACUUUACAGCAAUCUCCAUUUUCUGUACAGAUGGACAUAAUUUGACCGCUGCAAAUCCAACUAUUCAGUUUUUGAGUAUUUCCCCAUAACUGAAAAGUUCACAUUAGGUGUGUAACUCUUCCUCUCUUUCAAUAGUAACUUGCUAAAUUAGUGUGACAUGCUGUGCUCCGUAGCCACUAUUGAUGAAGCAUUGCACGAUGAAUCGUUAGGAUGAAUCCUGGAUUAAAAAAGGCAAGCAAGAUGAAGAAGACUUUCAUUUGCUUACAAAUUCUAAUUCAACCAAUACUGGUCCAUUUAUAGGUCAAAGCUGUGUGUCCCAGUGUCUUCCACAGGUUGCAACAGAGAGAAAGACAAGUCAGAAAUGGACAGCUUUAGAAGUUUAUUGGUCUAUUCUGUGAAUAUCAUUGUUAAGGUCCUUUUAGAGCUAAAAAAAAAAUGUGCAAAAUAUACUAAAAUAUUGAACAGUUGGACAUGUGCAUUCAAAGUCAAAAUAGGUCCACUGGUAAAGGUCUAAUAGUUGCCAUGAAUUUUAAGUUAAUCCUCAAAGAUCACCCCAAAGCUGAAUAUACGUAACAUUUUUGAGUGAUUAAAGUUAGUUACCCCCCAAGAUGCGCACGUAUCUGUCUGAUGUUAAUGAUAGCUGUUGCGUAGAGUAAGAAAACCAAUUUUAUGAAGUAAAAAAUAUUGUAACUUAAGUGCAGGCAGCACUAGAGGUGCUGAACAAUCACAUUCCUAAUCAAAAAUGGCUCAAUUAUAUGAACCCUGAACCAAACCUUAUUGAAUUCUGAAAUCAGCCCCUCCAAGCAUUAGAGGGGAUUUUUUUUGUGUGUGAUCCUCAUAAUGACAUGAACUCAAUACCCCCCCCUCCCCACACACACACACGUUUCUGUCCAUUUUUAAACUUUCAUGUUUGCAAAACUCUUUUACCUUUUGAAUAAAGAAAACAGAAAAAUGAUAAAAUUGUAAGGUAUUGUGUGAAUGUGUGUGAUGCAGAGGAAACAUUUACAAGCUUUUAUCCUUCAUACAUACUGUUUGGAUAGCUUCAUUUGCAAAGUGACAAUUGUUUGGAGUAGAAAAAGCCAUGUUUUAUUUUUAUGUUACAAAAAAUGCUGGAUUUAUUUAGUGUUUCAGU